ACCACCGAUGACUGUUCACUACAAGUGACCUCAAAACUGGAGAAGGUUUUAUGCAAAAUAGAUUUUAUGGAAUGCAGCUUUCAGUUCAGCAUUUAUUGUUACAGAUAACAUAGUUUAACAAUGACAUGGCAGAGACUGCAGUUGUUGUUUUGGAACGAGACUGUUAUUCAAAGAGCUAAAUAUAACAUCACAUUUAGGCUACAUCUGUCGUCUCCGUGCGCAAGAAAACAGUGGUAUUAAGUCGGCUAAUUAAAGAAAUGGUUCCUUUAUGACUUUUUCAUUUUUGCUUGUAAAAUAUAUUUAAAUGAUAACCUUGAGUGUGGAAUAUUUCAUGUUCCAUAAUCUGUCAAUUCGUUUUCUAUUCAGAUGAAUUGGUUUAAAAGCGAACUUGUGUGUCUCCUGGCGGCCGCUCGAGAAGGGCAGUUCUCUCGAUUCAAAUGCAUUUGUCUCCCCGGGGAAUGCAAGUCGGCAGUUUACUUAAGAGCAAAGGAUGGCGUGGUUCAUGUUCACUCUCGCAAUUACGCGGCACUGACAUCCACAUAUUGAGAGCAUCUGGGAUGGAAAGACGGGCUGCCGGCGCGCUGUUGGACUAGCUCGGGCACAGUCGCAAGAUGUCUGUUGCGCUAGAAGAAGGGAACACUUUGGAAGAGAGGUCGCGAUGCGUUCGGUUAUUAUCAAUUUUAUUUCCUCUAGCCUCCCUAAUGGUGUUACUCGUUGGAUACGCCGCCUUAGGGGCUCUGUUAUUCCGGUACAUCGAAGGUCCUGACGGUAGGCCCGUGGAACUACAAAAGGACUACAAAGACUUUUUGCUCACUCUCGUGAAGACAGUUCGCAAUUCAAGCGAGAAUGACAGUUCACCCGAGCAAGAAGAAUUCGUGAUGAAACUCCAUGGCAAGAUGAAAACUUUUAACACGACAUGGCUUCAGAGUCCAGAACAAUGGAGCUUCUUUGGCGCAAUGUUUUUCUGUUGUACAGUAUUUACAACAGUAGGAUACGGAAACAUAUACCCCGUGACCGUCGCUGGGAAGCUGGUGUGCGUCCUCUACGCCAUGGUGGGGAUCCCCCUCAUGCUGCUGGUCAUCACCGACGUGGGGGACAUCCUGGCCAUCCUGGUGUCCAAGGCCUACCUCCGCCUGCACAGGCUCUGCUGCUCCCUGCCCUCCCUCUGCUCCUGGUUCUCUCGCCGAAAGCGGGAGAAGCCCGAGGAGGGGGGUCUGAUACGGGACACUUCCGGGCAGGACGGGGUGGUGGUCCGGGCGCCCAUGGACAUCAGGCAGGUGCUGCGCAGCCAGGCUUCGGUCAAGACAUAUUCCGUCAAGCUGUGCAACGCCGAGAUCUUCGAUCUCAUCGUCGCCCGGGACAACUUGGCCAGCCUCCAGAAGCACAGGGGCUUGUACCGGAGCUACUCUUGCCCCAACCUCAACCAGACGCCGCCCCAGAGGGGCCUCUGGGACCUGUGCACCGGGGAGGAGGUGGAGAAGCUGGACGUGCCCCUCAUGCUCAUCCUGGUGCUGUUCUUCGCCUACCUCCUCUUCGGCGGGCUGGUCCUCCCCCGCUGGGAGGAGGAGAUCAACAUCUUCGACGCCUUCUACUUCUGCUUCGUCACGCUCACCACCAUCGGCUUCGGCGACAUCGUGCCCCAGCAUCCCAAGUUCUUCAUGCUCACCUUCCUCUUCAUCAUCGCCGGCAUGGCCAUCCUCUCCAUGGCCUUCAAGCUGGGCCAGUCCCGCUUCGUCAGCUGCUACCGCCUCUGCAUCCGCGGCCUCAGCGGGGGCACGGUGCUGAAGUACAAGUAGCUGGAGGGUCAGCCGAGGGCCCCUAGAGGCCCCUAGAGGCCCUGCAGACAGGAGGCCGUCAGCCUCUCUCUCGGUGGCGCUCCCAUGACAACGGAGAUGCCCCGGAACUCACUUUCCCCCCCCACUGACAGAAACUUGCUGAGCUGAGCCUAGAUCAGCUACACUGGGUCAUUGGCUGGGUUUGCGUGCACUAUAACGCCUGGGCUCUCCCAUUUAACGCACAUUUGAAUGGAUGGGAGAUGCACACUGCUGUAAAAAAAAAAAAGUCUAUGUAGUGUUAUUGCUAGUGCUAAUAUAUGUGCUGCAGUUACAACCAGUGUUCUCUGUAAUAAAUUUAAAAUAGCAUGGGUAGCAAUGGCUAAAGACAUAACCCACCAAUUGUUAAGAAGGAUAAAAAAUGAACAUUUGAGAAGUUUUUUACAUGGA